CUCCUCACAGUCACUGCCGACGUACAACCUUUUACAAACCAAAGCCAACCGACGCAUUGCUUCCAGAACGGAAACCAUGGGCAAGCAAAACGACGGCAUUACUACCAGCUCUGACGACUUCAAGCUUGUUGGCGACUCCAACUUCGUCCGGUCCAACCCCCGGUCCGACCGCUUCCCCGUCCGCCGCUUCCACCACGUCGAGUUCUGGUGCACUGACGCCACCAAUGCCUCCCGCCGCUUCUCCUGGGGCCUUGGCAUGCCCGUCGUCGCCAAGUCCGACCUCUCCACCGGCAAUGCCACCCACGCCUCCUAUCUCUGCCGCUCCGGCGACCUCUGCUUCCUCUUCACCGCCCCCUACUCCCCCUCCAUUUCUGCCUCCGGCGGCCUCGGCCCCCCCUCCAUGACCUCCCUCCCCACCUUCUCCUACUCUGCCUGCGUUGCCUUUGCCGCCAAGCACGGCCUCGCCAUCCGUGCCAUCGCCGUUGAGGUCGAGGAUGCCGACGCCGCUUUCCACAUUAGCAUCACCCAGGGCACCAAGCCGGUCUCCCCACCGGUCAUCCUUGACGGUGCUGUCACCAUUGCCGAGGUCCACCUCUACGGCGAUGUCGUCCUCCGCUACGUCAGCUACAAAACCCCGGCCUCCAAUUGUAACAAUUCCUCUCCGGACUCCUGGUUCCUGCCUCGGUUUGAGCCGACGGACGAGGUCUCCUCCUUCCCGCUAGACAUCGGAAUCCGGAGGCUCGACCAUGCCGUCGUAUGCGUCCACGAGCUCGGCCCGGCGGUCUCGUACGUGAAGAGGUUCACCGGCUUCCACGAGUUUGCUGAGUUCACCAAGGACGACGUCGGAACCGAUGAGAGCGGGCUCAACUCUGUCGUGCUGGCGAACAACGACAAGAAGGUCCUCCUGACGAUUUGCGAGCCGGUGUUCGGGACGAAGAGGAGGAGCCAAAUCCAGACAUACCUGGAGCACAACGAGGGCCCGGGGGUGCAGCACCUGGCGUUGAUGAGCGAGGACAUCUUCAGGACGCUGAGGGAGAUGAGGAAGCGGAGCGGGGUUGGCGGGUUCGAGUUCAUGCCGCCACCACCGCCCACGUAUUACAGGAACCUGAAGGGCCGAGCCGGGGACGUGUUGACGGACGAGCAGAUCAAGGAGUGCGAGGAGCUGGGGAUUCUGGUGGACAGGGACCACGAGGGGAUUCUGUUCCAGAUAUUCACUAAGCCUGUGGGUGAUAGGCCAACCCUAUUCUUAGAGAUCAUACAGAGAGUGGGGUGCAUGCUCAAGGACGAUCACGGAGAACUGAAUCAGGAGGGCGGGUGCGGAGGGUUCGGUAAGGGCAACAUCGCUGAGCUCUUCAAGUCCCUCGAGGAGUACGAGAAGACGCUCGAUGCCCGACACGUAGCCCGGCCGGCCUCCGCCUGAAUGGAUGCCUUUGGCCAUUUCUUUCCUUGAGUGUGGUUUCUAAUGGAAGCAUUGUUUGUUACUGUAUGUUUGAGUGCCGGUGCAUGACAGAAUAAAGGCUCUUAGCUGAUGAAGUU